CAUUUCGUCGACGCACCUUCAAUGUCAUGAGAAAUCUAACAUCCCUUACUGGCUGCUCACAGACUUUGCUUUCAAUUCUUCUCAAACGAUUCUCUAAUUUGAGCAAAAUUAUGUUUUAAAUAAUAACCUAUUUUCCGUCUGCGUUUGUUUACCUAGUCUGUAUAUAUUUCUUUUUUUCGUGAAACCAAGGGGUGAAGAUGCGUCUCACGCUGCAAAUGUUGAUCUCCCACGGCCGAGUGGCCCGUAAAAUGGGACUGGGUCCAAAAUCUCGUAUCGACAUGCUGCGGAAUAUCUUGACCGGACUGGUGCGACAUGAGCGGAUUGAAACCAACGCGGCUCGGGCCGAUGAAGUCCGUUUCUACGCCGAAAAGCUGAUCGAUUACGCCAAGAGAGGCGACACGGAUGAAAAGGCGAUGAAGAUGGCUACUUUUUGGUUGACGGAGAAGGACCUGGUCCCCAAGCUGUUCAAGGUGCUGGCUCCGCGGUUUGAGACCCAUUCGAACAGCUACACACGCAUGGCCCGCAUCCCCAAGCGGCAAAACCUGGACCGGGCUGAAUUGGCCGUGCUGGAGUAUAAAGGCAACCCUUUCCCACCACUCUACCCGGUCAGGAAACAAAAUCCGCUGAACCUUGUCAACCAGCUACUCAAUGGCUACCGUGAGGACAAGGCCAACUCCAAACUCUCGACAGAGAAGUCGUGAAGCAACAGACUCUGAAAUUUUGUAAACUAUUUUCCCCCCACCUUGUUUACCGGGUGUGUUCUGCAGACCAACAAUGCAAUUCUAAAUAAAACCUCAUAUGUUCAUAAUUCUGUAGAUUAAUUGAAUUGAGUUAUCUUGCAAUGAAGGCAACUAGAAAGUACUUUUACUUAAUUUGAACUCACGGUGGCGCCAAAACUCUUGGAUCAUACUGUUUUUUUUUUCCACUAAGGAUCAAACAUUUAUUAGAUGGGGCCAAUAUGAUACUAUUCCUUUUUUUUUGUUUUUCAAAUGGCGUUUCUUUGGCGCACCACACAGUUCAAACCGUUUGACAGACCGUCACCAUUCAAAUAUCAAAAUGACCGGAAUUUUUGCGCGACGCAGGGAAUUUUCAGAUGACCCCUCCAAAAUUUUCCGUUCACCCGUAAAUGUGGAUUUUUCAGAUUUUUUUUCACGCAAAUGUAUCUAGUCCUACAAUUUGUGACCAAAUUGCAAAAUUUACACAUCAGAAAUUCCAAGACUGCAAGGAGCAUAAAGGUUGUAUAAAGAAUUUGCCAAAAAUUUAAGGUUCCUUCAAAAUUUGCUGAAAACUUGCCCAUUCAUUUCUAUUGGGGAUGCAAUUGACGGCCAUGUUAAUUCCAUUCAUUUCUAUGGCAAACAUUUCCCCUUCUUUUUCCAAUGGAAGGACAAAAGGGGGUUGUGAUUUUUGACCGCUUACCAUUACAGCACAUUGGCAUUCAACUGGCGCCCAAAUGAGUCCAUGACAUUGACGGCCAUGUACGUCCAAAUUUCCCAAUCAUUUUCAAUGGCAGAAAAACGUGUAUGGUUUUGAUUUUUGACCAUACACUUAGUGUACCAUUACAGCCCAUUGACAUUCAACUGGCGCAUAAGGAAUUUGAUGCCACUGACAGCGAUGCACGUCCAUGCCAUUGACAGCAAUGUACGUCCAAAUUUUCCAUUCAUUUUCAGUGGCAGAAUAAUGUAUGGUUUUGAUUUUUGGCCAUACACUUACCAUUACAGCCCACUGACAUUCAACUGGUGCCCAAGUAUGUCGAUGCCAUUGACGGCCAUGUACUUCAAAAUAUCAGCAGGAAGUGUCCCUGAAAUAUCCCAAAUCAACAGGAAGUGAUCUAAUAGAUCUCUAUCUACCACAGCCAAGCCCCAUUGUAAUUUCUCCAGAAAUUGCAGUUUCUAGUUAUUACAUCUCAUUUUAUCUAAAAUAACCUUAGAAGUCUGAACUUAGGCUUUUGUGUGCAGCGCUGUUGAACUUUCUACAUAUUUUAAAAUGAAAAUCAUUGAUUUUCCAAACGAUUUGUCAAAAGUUUGAUAAUGAAUUAAAAUUGUAUUUCAAUUUCCUAUUUUCAUCUUUUUGGUAAAAACUGCAUUGGCUUUUAUUCACUUCAAAGCAGCAUUAAAAUACACAAACGCAUACAAAGUCUAUAGUAAAACAUGUUUUUAUUCUUAUUUUGGCAAAAAAAAAAAGUUUCAUAUCUACAGCAUAUUUGACACCAUUAAAAUGCAUUAGAACAGUGCUUCCUUCUGUGCUCUUAACUGGAAAAG